ACCCUCCCCGCUGCUCCUCCCUUGAGGUGGAGGACCCCACUCAUGCCUCCCCAAGCGCUCCUUGCCCCUGUACCCGGAUCCAACCCCCCCCCCCCCGUUGCCUGAUGGCCUUGGGGGCAAAGGUGGCAUUUAUGAGCCUCAGGAAGGGAACGGCGCCGGCUAAUGAGUGGGACGGGCUGUUGCCUCUGCUGCCGUCUUGGCCUUGCGUCACGGGCUGGGCGAUGGUGCCCCCCCCCCGCCCUACCUAUAACCUUGCAGCUCACCCCACGGAGCCCCACUCAGCACUGCUGCCAUGUGCACGGGGACCUGUUCCAGGGUGGUUGGGGCAGCUCUGUGGCCUUUCGCCCUCCUGUGCAUCGUGGCCAAUAUUCUCCUCGCCUUCCCAGACUGGAAGACCCAGUAUGUGCACGAUUGGGGCCGCCACCUGACGCCUGAGGUCCUCUACCUGGGGGGGCUUGUCGGAGGAGGUGUCAUGGUGCUGGUGCCGGCCAUCCACAUCCAGGCGACUGGCCGUGAUGGGUGCUGUGGGAACCGCUGCGGGAUGUGCCUCUCAGUGCUGUUUGCCGCGAUGGGGGUGGUGGGCGCCAUCUACGCCGUCAGCGUCGCCAUGCUUGGCCUGGUGCAUGGGCCGCUCUGCCGGUACCAGGAAAAUGGGACUUCCACGGAUUGGGGGCGCCCCUUGUGGAACAGCUGGGAGUCUUCCAGCAAGGAGAGCUACCUCUUCAACACGAAUCGCUGGGACACCUGCCUGGAGCCUCGCGGCGUCACCCGCUUCAAUGUGAUCCUCUUCUCCCUCCUUCUGGGCUCCGGCUUGGUGGAGCUGGGCCUCUGCUUCGUCCAGAUGUUCAAUGGCCUCUUUGGCUGCGUUUGCGGCACCUGCAACGAUAAGGAGGGCAGGGAACUGCAAACCUACCACUGAUACCCGGAAGACCCCCUGCUUUCUCCUGAGAUCCGGCUGCCCUGAAUCGCCACCUGAGACCACCUCCAUGCACCCUGGCAUCUGGCUGGGUCUGACUUCCUUCGCUCCAAAGCCACCGGCCUCCCAGAGAAGCGCUUUUUCUUCCCCCCUGUGCAGCACCUCUGAGUCUGAGCCACCUCAGCAAUAAACCUUUUGCUCUGAACCCAC